AUGGAUAAUAGAGAUUAAUCCAUUUUAGUUGAUGAGGAGUUUUGUGAUAAGAAUCUGUUUAGUCAUUAUCAAAAAAGAAGAACAGAAAAUGCAAAAUAAAAUCCAAAAAUUCAUCUCUAAGACUAUUAACUUAAUACUAUCAACAGAUUACAUAUAGGAUACAUAGACCAUCCUCACAUCAAAUCUACUCAAAACAUUUCAAUCAAUAAGCAUCAAUUAAAAAAGUGCAACUUGUAGAAGCCAGUCUGUUAGGAACUCGAAAAAACUAAAGAGCCUCUCAACAGAAAUUCAACAGUUUUAGAUUUAAAGUCCAAAAAUAUGUUUUUUCAGAGGCACUCAGGCUUAGGUAAACUUAAGCCGAUCGUACAAAAAUAAUUGCUAGUAAAUCCAAUCUCUUAGACAUCAAGAUUAACUAUUAAAAAAAAUACUGAAACCCCUGCUAUAGAAGUAAGCAACAGUAAUUACAUUGAACAAAAGCCAGCGUCUUUUCGUUAUAAUGAUCUCCAAUUGAGUCAAUAUUUGGAAGAAUUUAAAUUGCUAAAGUAAGAAACUCUAACUAAUGUGAUUUUACCUCAUCUCUCAUAUAAAAGCAAUAGAACCUAAAACAAUCACACGUAAACAACGAACAGACAAUAAACUAAUAAUCAAUAUUAUAAUAGUAUACUUCAAUAAAAUAAAGUUAAAUAAAGAUAAACUCAUAUAGAAUCACAAAAACAGAACCUAACUCUAAGUGGAUGGAGUGAUUAUUCAAACAAAUGA